GCGGCCUCGGUGGCAGUCUUGGACACGUCGAGCCGGGCAGAAGUGGAGGGGGCUUCUUAGGGCUCGUGGGAGGCUGACGGGCUAGGAUUCUGACAGGAAGACUUCGGUGGCGGGACUCGACCUGAGAAGAAUCUUCUGCUGACUUUCAACUUUUCCUGGAAAAAUGGCUCAUUUCCAUCAUAUGGGGAUGAACAGUAUGGACCAGAACAGCACCAUGCCACCUUCUCACCAUCACCCGGCCACUUCAGCCUCACACUCCCACGGCGGAGGAGACAGCAGUGUAAUGAUGAUGAUGCCUAUGACCUUCUACUUUGGCUUUAAGAAUGUGGAACUAUUGUUUUCCGGUUUGGUGAUCAAUACAGCUGGAGAAAUGGCUGGAGCUUUUGUGGCAGUGUUUUUACUAGCAAUGUUCUAUGAAGGACUCAAGAUAGCUCGAGAGAGCCUGCUGCGUAAGUCACAAGUCAGCAUUCGCUACAAUUCCAUGCCUGUCCCAGGACCAAAUGGAACCAUCCUUAUGGAGACACACAAAACUGUUGGGCAGCAGAUGCUGAGCUUUCCUCACCUCCUGCAAACAGUGCUGCAUAUCAUCCAGGUGGUCGUCAGCUACUUCCUCAUGCUCAUCUUCAUGACCUACAAUGGAUACCUCUGCAUUGCAGUAGCAGCAGGGGCCGGUACAGGGUACUUUCUCUUCAGCUGGAAGAAGGCAGUGGUAGUGGACAUCACAGAGCAUUGCCAUUAAUGUCAGACUCCAUGGUGUGGCCUUACUGAUUGCACUUGGAAUUAGUUCAAGAUGGGAAGACAUGAUUCCUGCUCCAGUCAUCCCUUCUUGCUCCUGUCUCUCUACACACACAGACGCAUGCCCGCACACACACACACACACACACACACACACACACACUACCUGCUCAACACACACACAAACACAUACACACACACACACACACACACUACCUGCUCAACACACACACAAACACAUACACAGACACUACCUGCUCAAGAGAGGUUUAGUUUACAGUCCCUGAGCUAAAGUGGUAACCUCCCAAACAUUAUUCCUGCUCCAAUCAUCCCUUCUUGCUCCUGUCUCUCUCUCUACACACACACACACACACACACAACCUGCUCAAGAGAGGUUUAGUUUACAGUCCCUGAGCUAAAGUGGUAACCUCCCAAACUGUUUUUCUAAUAAGCUGAGAUUCCUAUUUCCCUUGAGGAAAAGCCACUGAUGAGAUGUGUUCUCCUCCCCACCACCAUCCUAGAUCCAAAUUAUAUGUUCUUGUCUAAUCCAGGUAGUUUUCUAUUCAGUGACUUGAUCAUCUGCUUCCUUUUUUAAUCUUCUGGGGAGGUUUUUUUGUUUGUUUGUUUGUUUGUUUGACAGUAUGUGAAUUGGGUGUUUUUUCUAGUUCAGUGAUAGAACAGGAUUAAUUUCAGCCAGGGUUGAUGGCAGCUGAGGGACAUACUUGCCCAACUAAACCCAGAACUCAAACUUUUAAGUUCUAGUCUUUGGAUCCAAUGAGUGGGAAAUACAUUAUGCCUUUCUCUAGGUGUGAUGUGUUGCACCAAAAUCUUUGUGGUGUGCAUAGGGGUGGUUUGAGAUUAAACAGAGACCUAGAGCUUGCAGAGUGAAUUCUUGGCUGGCUCAUCAACUUGUGUUUCCACUUAACAUUUUGAUUAGAAUGAACUUGCCAAUAAAAAAAAAAUGACAAUCAAUUUGAGAAAAUAGAAAUAGAUAUUUUUAAAUAAAACCCUGGGCAUUUUACUUUGACUUGGUACCCUGGUUUGUCCCAUCUGAAUGAAUCAAAAGAGUUUGAAUUAUUUUUUCUCAUUAUUGUUUUCAUGUGUCUGCCUCUAAACCAGUGAUUUUCAAACUUCAGCAUGCAUUAGAAUCACCUGGAGAGCUUGUUAAAACACUAGUUGCUCGGGCCGGCCCAUGGCUCACUUCGGGAGAGUGCAGUGCUGAUAACACCAAGGCCACGGGUUCGGAUCUUUUAAAAAAAAAAAAAAACACUAGUUGCUGGAUCUCAACUCCACAGCUCCAAAAUUGGCAUUUCUAAGUUUUCCCGGGUGAUGCUCCUGCUGAUGGUCAGCGGACCAUACUUUGAGAAUCUCCGCUUUAAACUAAAGAAGUAUCAGAGGUGGGCUACCUGGUAUUUAGCAUGGGAAUUUGGAUUGCUGAUUGGUAGGUGGUAUAUCUGGGCUUAACUUACCUAGUAAAUGCUGUUGGUCAAUACUUAAUCAUUCCACAUUUAGUCAGCUCCAUCUGUGUGUAUGUGUACCCAAGCACAUGUAUGAAAUCACUAGUCCUAUUUUUAAAGAUCUGUGGUUUCUUGGAAGUAGUUUGAAGGUUGGGAGAGGCCUUUGAUCUGAAGUAUAAAUCCGUCACUCAUGGGCCAGAAGUGCAAAAGCCCAGCUUUCUCUUUGGAGAGACUUAGAGUGUGGUCUUCUGAUGGCCACAGUUUCCUCAGCCCUCAAUAUCCAUGCCCAUACCUCAUCUUCCACAUGACCAUCUUUGUUACUCUUGGGGACUUAAUUAAAUCGCAAGUGGCCAAAACCUCUUUUCUUAAUGAAGAAUCACAUUGGAUUUUUAUAUUCUGUUCAGUUGUUAGUCUACACUGCAGUCUUGUUUCCAGUCCAAACUACCUCUGUAAAGUGAUUCUUCCUGUGCUGGUCUGUUAAAUCCUGCCCUCCUUGGUGCUAGAUCCAAUUGUGCCUCAGGGCAGAGCAGACAAAGCACAGCUAUCCUGUUGGCUUGUGUUGUGGUUUUGAAGUUUGUACUUUCUCUGUGGGUGCCAGUUAAAUAUUGGAGAGUGAGGAAUGUGUACUUCUAUGGCUUUGAACCAGGAGAGGAUUAUGAGCCUACUGAAUUGAGGUUAAAAAUCAAAGAACCAACAGCUGGAGCUAUGUGCUUUUCUCUCAUCCCCUUGUAGUGCUGAUACUUUGACAGGUACUGACAGAGUCCAACAUUAAGGUGUAAAUAGGCUGUUGUUGUCUCAGAAGCCAAGGAAUAAUAAAAUCAUGAGAAAUAAAUAAAAAUAAAUGUUUAGUAGUAGUGAUUCUGGUGCUCUCUAGAAGUCUCGGCAUGAGCUGCUAUAAAAUACCCUUCCAGGAACAGGACUUAAACAGCAAGGUCAGAAAAAUCAAGGCCAGUUAAGACAAAGUGCUAUGAAUUUGAAACUCACAGAGAGGAACAGUUUGGGAUAGGUCUUCAGGUAUUCAGGAUAGAGAUAAUCUCCUGAAAAACCUGAAUUUCAGAGAUUCUUAGACUAGAUUGCCAAAGUAUGAAGCUAGUGAAGGAGAAAAAAGUUAAAGCUUAAAUUCCAUCUUUCUUGAGCUCUAGGAUUGUGAUUAUAGAAUGAUCUCAUUAACUUUCAUUUCUUUAUCCCUGUUCAUUUGGAAUUUAAUGCCUGACUUCUUUGUUCCCUUUGGAUUCCAACCCUCUCUUCCCUCCUUCCCUGUUCACAUCUAUUGGAAUAUUAUAUCCCCAUUUUUUUUGGCCCCUUACUCUGUCCUCCUUUUCCCUUUCUAUCUUUUCAGUCUUCUAUCCCAUGUCUACUUUAUUAAAUCUCCCUAGCCCUCCUGAUUCAGUAGACGGACAUUGCUAUGCUGUGUAUAUAAAUAACAACCAAAAGUUGGUAUUGAUAAACCUAUUAGACAACUUAAGCAUGUUUCAAGAAGCAAGUGCCCCAGUGGAAUUUCUAUAAGGCUGGGAAAAGGCUACACAGUACCUCCCCUUAGAGUUACAGAACAUUACGUGCUGUCUCUAGGCUAUGGUGGCAGAACACUCAGCACCCUUAUUGCCCACAAACAGGGAAUCUUCAGUGUCCACCACGGGAUUAGAAAUUAAGGUUUCUUCACUACCUGUAGUGAAUUCCAGAAUUCCCUUUCAGGCUGUGGGUACUGGUCUUGGGUUCUAGUCACACGGGGUUCCUUAUAAGAAGCUGGGCCGGGGGAGGGGGCAAGGGGUACAUUUUCAUGUCAUUUAAUUUUGAUCAUGCCCUCUCCAGCUGCUUCUUCAAAAGAUAUGUUUAAAGAUACAAAGUCUGCAUUUGAUAUAAUGCCUUAAUCACUGGGUCUACAAUUAAUGUUGACUGUUUUAGAUUGUAAGCUCCUGGAGAGCAGUAUUGCUGUAGUUGGAAUGUUUUAACAGUGUCAUGUGCAAAAGAACAAAAUAAAUAUUUUGAUUUUGUGAUUCUA